ACUGCUAUCGGUCGUUCAGUGUUUGGCUCUUUACGAAUAACGAUACACGUAUUACAUUUACAUAUUAUAAGCUGUAUACAAACGUUGAUUUGAAUUUUGAAUUAGUUUUUAGUUCAGUCAUUCAUCGUAAAUAUCGUUUAUGUUGUUCACCGACUAAACCUACGGCUGAGAAUCUGAGAUCCAUCUAAGUAUUCGUGGUCAGCGUUGUACUGGAAUCAAGAUACCGGGUGCCGACCAGCAUUGGCGGCUCGGUGUGUUGGGUGACAGUCUUGAAAUCCACCGGAUCCAAUGAGGUUGAAUAAUGAAAACUGUAGUGGAAGAAGAAGCCAUCAAGGAACAGCCGGAUGAGGCUACACAACAACCGUACAAUUGGUACAAACAGUUGAAGAUGUUUGUCCGACGGCUAGGGAAAGAGUUGCUGUUUGCACUGUUUGUUACGUGCACUACGUAUGCGACAAUAAUAAACAUACAAAAUGAUUACGGUGUCAAAGGCCCAAAACCAAAACCGUUUUUUCGUACUAAUUCAUGUGUUGAAGAUUUUUACACGGGUAAUUUGAAAGCUGUAUUAGAAAAGGCUACUGUGUCUGAUAUAGCAGUUGUAAUGUUCUAUGCACCAUGGGACGCUGAUUCUAUUGAUUCUCAAGAAGCGUUCAUUGAGGCAUGUGAAAACAACAAAGAUGAAGUAUAUUUUGCUGCUAUUAAUUGUUGGCAACCAGAAAGUAUUUGCAGUAAAGUACUUAAAGGCAAUAAAGUAUAUCCUAUGAUAGUUGCUUACGAUUACACCAAAGUAGGGAUUUAUUAUUCAGGACCUCCAAAUGAUGCAGCAUAUAUAACACGUUUUGUAGAUACUAUGAAGCGCCCAGUAAAAUUAUUGAAUAACAAACUAGAUUUGUUAAAAGUCCAUCAGCAAUAUCAUAAUGUUUUAGUAGCGUCUGUAGAUUUUAAAAUUACUCAAGGAUGGGAUUUGUACAAAAUUGUUUUGGAUGCAGCAAUUAACCACUUAAAAACAGAUCCAUUGCAAAUGUAUGUGAAAUGGUGUGUUGCUACUUGGCCAUUAAGUAAUAAAGAACCAUUGAUUAAGUUACUUCUAUGGAACCGUACAUUGGGUUUUAAUGAAUCAUUUGUCAAUCAUGAAACACUUGGAAAAUGGGUAAUACAAGAGACCAGGUUAACAACACAAUGGGUACCUUCUAUUGCACGCAGCAGAUCUCUUAUACUAGAUAAUAGUUUUAAAAGUGGACCUACCAUGUUAUUGUUUACACCCCAUAACCCUUAUUUGAAUUUUAACCCAAUUUAUUCAAUGCUUCAAUUACUGAGUAUUGAAUACUUCAACUGCCAGAAAGUUUCUAUACCAGCGAACUAUAUUACAAAAUAUUUAAUAAAAGAAAUAAAAUCAUUUUAUAGUGAGCGACCAUCAUAUGUGAAACAAUGUCAUGAGAUAAUAAUGAAGAAGUAUCCUGAUAAGUUGGCUAGUAUUCUUAAAAAAUAUAAUGCCACAGUAAAAGUAGAAAAUCAAGAUAAUUUUUACACAGACACAAACACGGAAGUUAAUUAUCUUAAUAAUGCUCUAUGUAAAAUGUCUAAAAGUAUAUUUUUUGACCAUAAAAUAAGUUAUUGUUCAAAUGAUUUGAAUAAGUCUAGUAAGAAAAUAGCUAAAAUUAACUUAUCAAAUCAUGUGAGCACAGAAAACUUUGUUGAACAAUUGAAAGAAACUGAAUGUUACAGAAGUUUACUUGCUAACAAAUAUUUUAGAUUUUCUAAACCUGAUGAAGCCUUUAUAUAUAAUACUACUGAUGAAUUAAGAUCAGUGUGUUUGGCAAACAAAAGUAUGACAUUUUUAGCUUUGGAUUCAAAUCAUCAUUAUCAUACUGCAAAAGUUUUUGGCAUAAACUUAAACCACUAUCGGGAAAGAACUGCAGUUGUGAUUUAUGAUAUGAAGUCAGAAAUGGUUCAUACAUUACCAAAAUCUAGUCAUGUUACAAAAGAUACAAUGGCUAAAUUAUUGAUAGAUUUUCUUGAAAACCGGGCAAAGCGUCAUUUACGGUCAUCAGCUGAUCUUGAAAUUAAUUUUCAUUUGUACCAAGGAAAAGGAAAAGGAAAAGGCAAAGAAACAAUAUACAUUGAGACAUUAAAUUCUGAAACUUUUAAUGAUGCUGUUUUUAACAACACUGACAAUGUUGUAGUAUACUUUUACACUCCAUUUUGUGCGUAUUGUCAAGUUGUUGCACAUAUACUAUUAAAUGUUGCUCGUUUAAUGCGAAAUGUCAAAGAUCUCAAAUUUUUCCGCUUCAAUGCUAGCGACAAUGAUUUAAGUUGGCAUUUGACUGUACAAACAUAUCCUUCAAUUAUAAUCUUUCCCGCAAAAAAAAAAGCUGAAAGUUAUGUAUUUCCAUACGAUACUGAAUUGACAUCAAAUAAUUUAUCACAAUUUAUUCUAUCUAAUCUAUUACUUGAGACUCGGUUGCAAGCUAUGGUUGGCUUAUGUUCAGUAUGGGAUUCUUCUGAAGUAGAUUAUAAUAAACAGCUACAUUACUGUCUUCGAGAUGUUAAACUUGACUGCGAUGCAAACAUAUCAAAAUCACUUCAAUCAUACCGAAGAGGUCUUGUAUACAGAGAAAAAAAUAAAAAUGUUACAUUAACACCUAUCUUUAAUAGAUUGAGGUAUUUAAAAGCUUUCAGCCUCAUUUUAGAUGUUACUCAUAAACUAAAUGCCAAAUCAAUGCAAAAAUUUUCUGAAAUUUAUAACUUUUAGUUGUUUCAGUCCUAGUUGUAAGUAUACCUAUUGUUAUUUUAAAUUUUGGUUAUUGUUAAUUUGAAACUUUAAAGCACUUGUUACAUUCAUAAUAUCUACAUUUCUUGUGUUAUAGGAUUAAUUGAAAACAAAUUCUGUGAUAAUGUUAUAUGAUAAAAAAAUGAUUUAUUUUAUUGAAUAAAAGUUGACAAAUUGGGUUUUCAGUUCA